GAAACAAAGCUACCGUUAAUCAACUACCUUGUCUAUUUCAUCCUACGUUGGCGGGAUGCGUCAUUUUAAGCCAAGAAUUCCAACUGACUUUGUGAAACUAGGCUUUUAUUGAUGUUCUCGCCAAGGAUCUUCCCCAACCUCGCCAAAAUAUUAGAAGAUUAAGCCUAACCAGAUGUGGUCUUUGUUGUUGAUUUUAUGAUCGUUUUCUAUGCAUUAGAGUUUGCAUGAUAAGAUCAGUUUUUCCUUUUUGGAUGGGAUGGUGUUCCUCUUACCGUAAAAUUUUGAGUACCGUGCAGCUAUUGGAUUUGGGAUUUGUAAGCCCAUCUGUUAACAUUUAAACCAUUGUGUUCGGGAACUCAAAACUCAAACUGUCAAGUGGAUGCCGGCUAUUUGCAUUAGAUUUUGCAAAAUAUUUGUUGAAACACACAGGCCCACAUCACAAUCAACGCACCAGUGGCAUUGAAGUGUUGCACUGUGCGGUUGUUAUGUAAAGGUGAUGUAUGCACCUUUUGAAUCGAUAUUGCCAAGUUGGAGGCUAUGACGCCGUUUGAGGGCGGCCUGGCGCUGGUGCGCCACCUGCGGGACCUGACGCUCGGCCGGCCCGCCAUGGCCAACGCCAGCUGUCCGGCCGACUGGUGCAGCCACGGCGAGUGCCACAAUGGCACCUGCCUCUGCGAGAUCCAGUUCGACGGACUGCGGUGCGACGCCCCGAACCUGCCCUACUUCGUGUCGUUCUCCGCCUUCUUCUUUCUGGUGGGCGCCGUGUGCCUGGCGCAGCUGGUGCUCUGUGUGCGCGCCGAGUUCGCGCGCAUGAAGACACCGUCACUGCUGCGGGCGUGCCGCGUCACCACCCAGAAGGCGCUCUACGUGCUCAUCUUCGCGGCGGCCGUGCUGCGCGGCCUCUACUUUGCGGCACCGAAACUGCUGGACGAGGAGUGGACGGCCGGCCUGCUGAGCGCCUACUACGCCGUCCUCCUCACCGGCUCGUCCCUGAUCGUCUGCUUCUGGGCAGAGAUUUUCCAUUUGACGGACAUCCGCUGGGACCGUCCGCGCUUCCUGAGCAAGUCGCUGCUGGGUUUUCUGGCGUUCAACAUCAUCACGUACAGCCUGCUGGCGGCCGAGAUUAUCCUCACCACCAACGAGACCGACGAACAAAAGGAGUUCUUCGUCCACGUCUUUAACGGCUGCUACGCGGUGCUGCUCUUCAUCGUGGUCGUGUUCUUCCUCAUCUAUGGCGUCGAGGUGUACUUCAAGGUGCGGGGCGGCUUCAUGGGCCAGAAGGUGCGGCUGGGCGGCUGCGGCCGACGCGCUGACACCCUGCCGGCGCCGGCGCCGCCGCCGGCCGCCGCACCCGUCUCCACCUCCGCCACCUGGCGGGAGGAGGUGCCCGCAGAGGCGCCACCGGCACCAGCGACGGUUCGUGGCAAGUUCGUGACCAAUAACGGCCAGAAGGUGAACACCUCCCAGCUGCACCAGUCGCGCUUCGGCCUGAUCUCGCAGGCGAUCAUGCUCAUGGUGACAGUCUGUUUCCUGUUCAGCGACAUCCUCGGCGAGUUCUGGAGAUACAAGGUGACGCUGGCCAGCCGUAACGUCCACGACCUGGUGUUCCGGAUUGUCGAGCUUGGCGUGGUGCUGUGGUUCCCGUGCGUCCUCUGGAACUCGAUACGGCCGGAGCAGCUGUGGAUCCUGAAUCCGAAACAGAUCCUUCGUAAACUGGAGUUGGAGCCGGCGGGGGCCGCUGUCGACAGAGAUGAAGAGCGGAAACUCCAGGACGCACAGGCCAGCGGCGUCAGCUGCAGUCAGGAGUCGCUGGUCGAGUGCUGGGUGUGCUACGACACAGAGGUCACAGAGCACAGCGGCCCGCUCAUCCAGCCGUGCGAGUGCCGCGGCAGCACCAGCGUCGUGCACCACGACUGCCUCAAAAAGUGGCUCAUGGAGUGCAGCGAGACGGAGCUGGGCCAGCUACACUGCAAGGUGUGCGGCUCGGCCUACCAGCUGGAGUCGGGCGGGCGCGCCUGGCUCGGUCGCGGCCUCACCGUGCGCCACUGGCUGCAGACAGCGGUGCUGGUCACGGUCAUGUGCGGCGCCGCCGCCGGCUGCUGGGCCGUCAUGAGGUUCUACCUGGACGCCGGCAUCCGGACGGCCGCCGUCGGAUGCGUCAUCAUCGUCUACUACGUCUGCCUCAGGUUUCUGGGGCUGAACUGUCUGACAGCGUCGCAGCGCGCCCAGGUGUCGGCCGUGAAGAUAAUCGGUCGCCGGCUGUCCUCGCUCAGCCCGGCCGGCUCGCCGCUGCGCCGACAGGCCAAGCCCAGCGUGGCCGUGGUGGCCGACGACCGGCGGGUGGACGUGCUUCUGACGGCCUCCGGCACCGACCGGCUGCUGCCCGCGCACGAGACGCCCAUCUGAGGCGGCCGCGGCGCCCCGACCUGUGACGACGAGCGGGCCGCCGCCGGCCAGAGGACCAGUCAUGUGCCGGUGAAUCGUUCGCUGCGCCCGGCGCCGGGCCGACUAGAGGCGGUGGUGAUUCGGACAGAGCCGGGAUGGGGUGGCUCGGGGGUGUCUCUCGGACGCUGGUCGCGCCGGCCGGCCCGUGUCGGGCUGGCGGGCCAGACGCCCUGAUGGCGACGAGUGGGGCCACUUCCACCCGCCCAGCGACAGUGAUUACCAGCCCCGGAGGGCGCCCUGUGAUCAAAGAAGAUUGUCUUUACUUUAUCUGGUGAGAGUGCCAGGAGCCGCACAGUAUGGUAAAUUAUUGUUUGCUGCGGGCUGACCAGCGGUUGUACGUGUACAGAGCUUGGUUUUGGAACUCCUCAGCUCAGAGGAGCUGGGCGCAGUUGAGCGAAUGCGUGGAGUUGUUGAGUCUGCUUUGUCUUUCAGUUCAUCGCCCCCUUUCAAUCGAUCCAGAAGGUAAAUUGUAAGAUGGUCCUUGGGGUGUAAUUUGAGAGAUCGAGUGUGUGGUCUGAUCCUAUCACGGUAUUCAAGAAGAAUAAACCAACGUGAGCUA